AGAGCCGAAGAUGUCGGCUCGGUCAUGUGAUCAGUUGUGUCCAAUCACAGCUGAUCACAUCUGUCACACUGACAGAGGAGAGGAGAGCCGGUAAUCGGCAUUCCUCAGAGGGGACAUGUGCACUGAUCAUCAGGGCACUGAUCAGUGUGCCCUGAUGAUCAGUGUGGCCCCAGAAGUGCCACCUGUCAGUGUCCAUCAGUGCCACAUAUCAGUGCAUACCAGUGCACAUCAAUGCCACAUAUCAGUGCCACCUAUCAGUGCUGCCAAUCAGUGCCACCUAUCAGUGCCAGUCAGUGUCGCCUAUCAAUGCCAAUCAGUGCCACCUAUCAGUGCUGCCAAUCAGUGCCAGUCAGUGUCGCCAAUCAGUGCGCAUCAGUGCCAGUCAGUGCUGCCUAACAGUGCCAGUCAGUGCCACCUAUCAAUGCCAAUCAGU